AUGGCGGUGGCGGCGGCCGCUGCACCGGGCGGGGCGAGCCCGGGGCUGGCGGCGGGGGAGCGUCUUGUGUGUGUGGACAAGAACGUAGCUUCUCCCAAACUCUAUGUCCUGGAGCCAUGGAUUGCUAAUCUCCUGGUGAAUUAUGAGCAACUGGAUGAGCGUGAGAAUUUCCUGGCUGGGCAGGUGGUGCGGGUCUUGAGUGACUCAACUGCUCCUGGCCAGCCUGGGGUCCUCCAAGAUGCUGUGGUGCAGGUCUCUGAUGGAUCCUGCUACAUCCGUGUGGUCAUUACACCCGAAGCUCUGCAGGCAGAGGAAAACGCCCACCUGCAGCUCAGGCUUUCCAGCCUUAAUUGCAGAAUUAUCGUCCUGCAGAAGUACACGGUGUGUUUUCAGGACGAGGCCAGGCUGGAGGAUUGUGAAUUUUACCUCACGGCACAGCAGUUCAUCGUGCUGCCCAUGCAGAGGCAGAGGAUGGAAUCAUCUGAUGGGAAUCAGGACCCCUCUGUGGUGAAGAAGAUAAAGGAGCUCUGGCUGAGGAAUCUUGCAGUGAGGAACGCUCCCAGCUCAGAGCCCUCUGUCUCUCAGCUGAUUGAUGCCAUAGGACAGAACCAGCUGGAGAUUUUGAAGGAAAAUGCUGAAGAAUGCUUGGAUUUAUGGAAAUCGAAGGAGAAAUCAGUGACAGUGGAGGACGAGGUUCCUGUCACCCAGUGGGAGGCAGAGCGCAAGAAGGAGAAGGGUGAGGACGUUUUCAUGGUCCCAGUCAGCACCCUGGUGAUCCCUCCUGAGGAGGAGGCAGUUGUUUGUGAUUCUUCUGAGGCAGCAUCUGCAGGGUACACAGAUACAAGCCAAGCAGCUCCUGGAAAGAGUAGUGAUGACAGGACAGUGCCAGGCAACUCCAGUGUUGUAUCCCAUACCAGCUCCUGUCUCCAUAGCAGAGGUGCUCCAGCCCUUGGAUCGUCCUCAUGGCCUCCUAUGAACGCUCCAGAUUCCAUCCAGCCUUUAGUUUCCUCUACAGUUGACUCAGCCCAUCUCCUUGGAUUGAGUGGAGGAGGUGCUGCAUCACCGACCUUGUCAGAUAGCUUGGAGGGAUCCCUGGACAAUCCCUGGAACAGGAUGCCCUCACUGUCUUUGACCCCAAGCUCUUCAGAUGAGAAGACCUUUCAACCUGAGCCUUCCCUGAAGACCCAGAAAGAUGUGGCUGCUGACAGCAACACCAGUGACCUGUUGGAAGUGUGUAGCCAGGGCUCUCCUGAGGACUUGCCCCAAGGAGAACCAGUGCAGACUUCUUCCCUCCUCAGCUCCUACAGCAAUCCUAGUCUGGUGGAGAUCAGCACCACUGAGGCAGUAUCAGCUGCAGAGGCAGCCUGGGAUGCCCUGUGCACUGAUCAAAGCCCACAGGGAUCCAGAAGCUCUCAGGCCACCGUGGCUGCUCUCUCUCCAGUUUUUCCAGUGUUGCCCAGCAGCAGCUUGCAAUCCUUGCCCAGCAGGAUUCCUCACAGGGAGCAGGCCUGCUCCAGUGCUACAGCUUCCUCUCCAGAUGCAUUGAAGCCUGGACUGGCUCACACCAGGGAAAAGGAAGGAAAGGCUCUGGGUGCCAAGAGGAAGCUGAUGGAGGAAAAUGAGCAGGCCUCCAGUGGGCAGCAGCAUCCCUCAGGCACCUCAAAGGGCAGGGGGAGAGGCACAGGCAAGAGAUUGGAACGUAUGAGCCCACGGGAUGCAAAAAGCAGAAGGGAGACAAGGCUGCGGCAUAGAAGGGAGCUUGAAGAGGAGGAGGAGGAGGAGGAGGAGAAAGUGGAGGAAGAGGAGGAGAAGGAGGAAGAGCAAGCAUCCCGCACAAGAGCUGGGCCCAGCUCCACGCCAGAGCAGUGCAGAGCUCUGGAGCCGUUCGUGGAGAGACCAGCCCAAUACCAAUAUGAGGCUCCAAGCCCUGAACUCUGCCAGCAGGUACAAUCUAUCAGGAUUUCGAAAGCAAUGCUGAAGUGGGCAUGCUGGAUACUGACUGAGGAGGAUUUCUGAGCCCAGCCCCUUUCAUUCCUUUGUUUCUUUAAUGGGUCUGUCAAAACACUGGGAAGAGUGGUUGGGGGAGGAAUGUGGGGACAGAAGCUCUGUGCCCCAGGGGACUGCUGAGUGGGCUGGCCUGGCUGCACAGACCCUGGUUCCAGUGGUACUGGCACAUGAGUUGUUGAAAGCCAAUACCCUCAGUUCCAAGAGGGGAGAAAAGUAUUCAUUCGGGAAUGCCUAUAUGUAACCCAUCAUCCCUCUCCCACCUCUUCAUUCUUUCCAAAUGCCUUGUCCCAGCAAGUGGGGACAAGAGGUAACCCAAUGCCACUAUGCAGUGAUGGCAGAGCUCCCACAACCUAAUCCUGCUCCAAAGGUCCCCCAGAAGCUUGGAUGGGUUUAUUUAAUAAGUUUAGGUAGGGUUCUGCACUGUUUAUUACAAAAAAUAUCCUGCAGGGUUAUGCUGUAGAAAUUAAAAAUUGUAUAUUUUUUAAAUACACAGCUCUUGUAUUAA